CUGUGACUAACAACAAAGAAAUCUGAAGAAAAUAGAAAGUGAAUACUAAACCACACACAGCACACGUAAAUAAUUUACAGACUAUAUUUAAAUUGCAGUGGCAGCACCAACAUUCAAACGUUUGUGUUUCAACGACCGGACUAUCUUAAAGCUGAACGCUGCUUGCUAUAUAAUUUAUUUGCAAGGCACUUUCUACUUGAAACAAAGCUAGCUAACGUUAGCUAGCCAACUCGUAGAUCAAAACAACCACUGGCAGGUGUGUUCUGGGCAGUGGGGUAUGACCAGCAUGGCUUCCCCGACCGGGGAGAAGGCGUUAGGGUCUAAGAAGAAGAGCGACAGGAAAUUUGCUGCCAAAGAGGAGUACAGACAGCUGUCCAGCAUAAUGGGCGUCAUGAACAACAUGAGGAAACAGGGCACCCUGUGUGACGUGACCUUGGUGGUUCAGGGGAAACACUUCCCAGCUCACAGAGUGGUGCUUGCUGCUGCUAGCCACUUCUUCAGCCUUAUGUUCACUACCAGUAUGAUGGAAUCUACGUCCCAUGAGGUGGAGUUGAGGAGUGCUGAGCCAGAGAUCAUUGAGCUACUGGUUGAGUUUGUCUACACCGCCAAGAUCUCAGUGAACAGCAGCAACGUCCAGUCACUGUUGGAUGCCGCCAACCAGUACCAGAUCGAACCAGUCAAGAAGAUGUGUGUCGAGUUCCUCAAAGGACAAAUUGAUGCCACCAACUGCCUUGGUAUCUCCUCCCUUGCUGAGUGUCUGGACUGUCCCGAGCUGAAGGCAGCUGCUGAUCACUUCAUCCACCUCCACUUCACAGAGGUCUACAAGCUGGAUGAGUUUCUCCAGCUGGACGUCGCCCAGCUCACACACCUGCUGCACCAGGACACACUCACCGUCCGGGCUGAAGACCAGAUCUAUGAUGCGGCAGUGCGCUGGCUGAAGUACGAUGUGGGGAACAGACAGACGUUCAUGGUGGAGGUGUUGGGUCGUGUCCGCUUUCCUCUGGUCUCCAAAGCCUUCCUUUCCAAGACCGUCCAGGCAGAGCCUCUCAUACAGGACAACCCAGAGUGCCUCAAAAUGGUCAUCAGUGGGAUGCGCUACCACCUGCUGUCUCCAGAGGACAGGGAGGACCUGGGAGAGAGCAGCCGGCCACGGCGCAGGAAGCACGACUACAGGAUCGCUCUGUUUGGAGGCUCCCAGCCCCAGUCCUGCAGAUACUUCAAUCCCAAGGACUACAGCUGGACGGACAUCCGCUGCCCGUUUGAGAAGCGCAGGGACGCCACGGCCAUCUUCUGGGACAACGUGGUCUACAUCCUGGGAGGUUCUCAGCUCUUCCCCAUCAAGAGGAUGGACUGCUACAACGUCGUGAAGGACAGCUGGUACUCCAAGCUGGGCCCGCCCACCCCCAGAGACAGCCUGGCUGCCGUCGCUGCUCAGGGCAAGAUCUACACUUCGGGGGGGUCGGAAGUGGGGAGCUCGGCGCUGGACCUGUUUGAGUGCUACGACACGCGGACAGAGAGCUGGCAGAUGAAGGGCAGCAUGCUGAUGCCGCGCUGCAGCCACGGCUCCGUGGAGGCCGGAGGCCUCAUCUACGUCUGCGGGGGCUCUCUGGGGAACAACGUCUCCGGCAGGGUGCUCAACAACUGUGAGGUGUACGACCCCAGCACGGCCCUAUGGAGGGAGCUGUGUGGAAUGAGAGAAGCCAGGAAAAACCACGGCCUGGUUUUUGUCAACAACAGAAUCUACGCUGUGGGAGGGCAGGGCGCACUGGGCGGCCUGGACUCGGUCGAGUACUACGACAUCGCCACUAAUGAGUGGCGGGUUGCCGCGACGAUGCCGUGGCGCGGGGUGACGGUGAAGUGUGCGGCGGUGGGCGGGGUGAUCUACGUCCUGGCGGGCUUCCAGGGCGUCGGGCGCCUUGGACACCUUCUAGAGUACCACACUGAAACGGACAGGUGGGUGACCUGCAGUAAGGUGAGGGCGUUUCCUGUCACCAGCUGUCUCAUCUGCGUGGUCGACACGUGCGGAGCCAACGAAGAAGAGACGGACCUCACACAGUCGCACGGCCACGCCCCCCCCGGGCCACCGGCCUCUACGCCCACCUCAGCAGCAUCCUCCUAACCCAGGCACUUCCUGUCAGUGUGUGUGUGCGUGUGUGCGCGAUCCUCACCCUCAUGCAAUGAGAGCUGGUGGAUGGCCCCGCUGUUGUUAUUUUUGCUGACUCCUCAGCUUUCAUAUCCUCUUUUAAUAGGGAAAUGGGUUUGGAGUCCUGGAUAUAGAACUUGGUUAGAGGUGGCUGGAAAAGUUUAGAAACUGCCAAGGGUGACAUUUUAGUCUCAGGAAUUUGUUAGGAUUAACUGGUAAUCAGGUGAAAAUGGUUGAUGUUAGACGUGUGUGUCAGUCUGGCUUUGAAUGUCCUUCUUGGUGAUUAAUUUUAUGUUGGGGCAGGUUUUGUUACGAUGUGUGUACCGCUGGGUCAGAAUGUUCAACUAAUUGAAGGUUUAAAAGGUGAAGGUUGUGCUGCUGCAGAUCUGUGUUAUGAGUGACACCUGCUAAACCUCCAAUAACGUGGCUGGAUACUAAGCUUUGGACUGUGUUUUUAUAACGGUACAAUAAAUGAAUGGACGAAAAGUUCUAAUCAGUGGUUAGCCUUGCAGAAUAAAGGUUAGACAAAAUUGUAUUUACA